AAGGCUUGCUUGACUGUUUUUUCCGGAUAAAAGAUAACAAGCUCGAAAGACGACAUCGAUUUCCGGAAUGAUUUUUGGACUGCGGCCGGAGGUUCUGCGUUUUUGAGGUUCGACACUGUAGUUGCAGCAGGUGCAGCAAAUCCGUCGAAACUGCAUCAUGGUUUAGCUAUCAUAGAAAAAUUGACUGAUAUUAUCAUGUCGACUUCCAAGAAAGCUGCGUCUGCCGGCGCGAGUCCGAAACAGCAAAGUCCGAAGCAAAAGGCGAAGGCAAAACCUCCGACGUCUACUGUUCCUGCAAGCAAGGUCCAGAAGACCGGCUACACUUCUUCCAGCAGUGACGAUGCAGAAGAAGUGUCUCGCACAACUCCGCCUGCUCCUACUGCUUUCUCAGCAGGAGCGUCGUCCCCGUCUGGAGGUGCGGGUGAGGUCGCACAGCAGGCGGCCUCUGGUGCCAAAUCAUCUGGAGCCGCCACUGCUUUUCCAGGACAACAUAAACCACGCACAGGCUAUACUUCUUCCUCGAGCGAAGAUGUCGAAACUGCUCCAGUUCUUGUGAACAAAAAAGCUGCCUCGACGACGUCCCCUCCCACAACAUCUGGCGCUACUGCUGCUAAGGCGAAGGUGGCAACAACGGCAGAUGUUGCCAAGGCGGAGGCCUUGUUUCAAGUUAAUUCUAGUACUGCGUCGCAACAAGGGCAGGCACCAGAAAUUAGGAAGCGAACCGGGUACACGUCGUCUUCUAGUGAGGAAGUCACCGGCCCUGCAACGGCGAAGGCGAAGCCUAGUGCAGGAGCUGCGGUUGGUAGGUCUGCUGCGCAAGUUGCUUCUUCUCCAACUACCGCGACUUCAACAGUAAAAUCACCAGGCGGGCCGCCAGGCCGAACGGGGUAUACAUCUUCCAGCAGCGAUGAGCAGGUGGGGCGUGGCCUUUUUAAGUCUGCCGAACUCAAGUUAAGUGAUGGAAAUAAAGUUUCAGCCUGACAGUGAAGAGCGCUUUGCAUGGAAAAUGGGAAUAUUAUGUUUUGAUGUAGAUGCAAUUGCAAAAUUCAGCAGGGAACGACAUCGGCGCACUACUGGCCCUACCCGUGUACUAACUAUUCUGGAACUGAGGAGUGCAAAAAGUAGUACGAAAGAAAUUGAUAUCGAGACUGAUGUUGAUAUACUUCUUGUGCAAGGCUGAAAAUUUUCUCGAGGAUACUUCUCCGUCCCAAGUACUACUGAUAGAGAACCACCACCAAUAAAAGCGGGUUCGUCAUCAACCGGCAAAGUAGCUGGAGAUACUACAACCGCUACCGCCGCGACCAAGAGAACGGGCUACACCUCCUCGUCUAGCGAUGUUGACAUCGAUACAAUCUCCCCGGCGAGCAAAAAAGCUUCUCCGGCGAAGGCAAAACCAAAAGAGUUAUCGCCGUCAUCGCCACACCUGCCAGGGGGACAAAGUGGAACACAAAGGGAGAUAAUGUUGAAAACGGGCUACACGUCUUCCAGUAGUGACGACGUGCGCAUGUCAUUUUCAGGGACGAGGGCUGGUACACAGCUGCCAAAGGGAACUACCAAGGCCAAAACGAAAGCAAAAGCAGCGACUGGUGCCACGGAAGACGAAGAAGGUGUUGUUGCUAGUACUAUGCUGGAGCAAGGACAGCAGCGGCCGAAGCAAGCUGCAAAAAAUCCCGAAAAAUCUCCACCGCCUGCGUCGUCAAGAAAGAAUCAGCGUACGGGCUACACUUCGUCAUCCAGCGAUGAUCUCGGGCUGGAUGCAGUCGCAGGAGCGAAAGCCGCGAUUAGUGCGUCCACGCCGAAGCAAGGUGGAGCUGGAGGAAAAGCUUCGCCUUCAACAGUCCCGCCAGCGGCUGCUGGACAAGGAAAGAAGACCGGAUAUACGUCUUCAAGCAGUGGAGAGGACCACGUAGGUGCUGUAAGUGCACCAGCGAGUCCUUUGGCCAAGAAAACUGCAACAGGAGGUGAAGCACCAGCAGCCGCUACCGGUGCUGCGACGUCUAGUACUCUCGGUGAGGCCAUUAAACUACAAGCCAAAGCGACGAGCAUUCUGCCUACAUCAGGAGCAGUUGCGAAACAAGUCAAAACUGGCUACACUUCCUCCUCCAGUGACGACCUUGGGUUUACGCCGGCUUCGAGAACGCAACCGGCGACAUCUGGCAAGGCGAAAGCGGGAACGAGUGCAAAAACCGCAAUGCCGACGGAAGCGGCAACUGCAAGCGCGACUACAACGAAAGCUGGCGCUGGUGCCGCUGUCGCGGUAAAACCUAAACCUUCUACCGGCUACACCUCUUCCUCUUCUGAUGACGUUGGGCUAGAUGUAGCAGUGACCAGCACGCCUCCAAAAGGAAAAGCGAAAGCGAAAGCCAAAUCCUCAACCGGCUACACCUCUUCGUCUUCUGAUGACGUCGGGCUGGAUGUUGUACAGGCAGCUAGUACUACCGCGCCGACAAUAACAGCGAAGGCUACAACACCCUCUAAAGCGAAAUCCACCGGCUACACCUCUUCCUCCGAUGACAUUGGGCUGGAUCAUGUGCAGGUUACCACGCCUACUUCUAAGGCGAAAGCGAAGACAAAAACGGGCUACACGUCCUCCUCCAGUGACGACGUGGGCUUGUCUCUGGCGCCCUCCAUGAUGGCAAAGCGAAUGGCCGCGCAGCCGGUAGAAGUUCCUGCGGAGGAGAAGGCAAAACAGCCAGGAGCUGCAGGUUUUAAACCCAAGCAGCCGCCCUUGAAAACGAGGUACACUUCUUCGUCCAGCGAUGAGCAGGUUUUAUCCGGCGCCACUGCUGCAGUUCUUGCCAAGGCCAAACCACCAACAGGAAAAGCCAUCACUUUCAGAGAUGAAAACAUAGCCUCUUUCGCCCCAGUCGUGACGGAGACAGGACAGGCACAGGCAGGUCUUGGCGCUGGCGCCAAGGGGGAACAAAUUGCGACAAGUACUAAAGCUGCAAAAGGGGAUCAUGGCGAGGAUGAUUAUUCCGACGAGUCAACAUAUGGAUGUGUCAGAGUUGAAAUCGACAAAGUUGAAAUAAUUUGUGAUGCAUAAAACGGAUGCCAGUUGGUGCUUAGUUUUCAAGUGGCGCAUGACAAAUUUGGGUAGAGCCGAAAUCCAGUCUGUAAUGCUGUUUGGCUAAGGAAGACGCCUUUUGUCAUGCUAUUUUAGCAGCUCUAUUUAGACCGCCCCUCAACAGGCUUGCAAUCUGCCUCCCUUGCCUACUCUGCAUGACAAGCAUUUUGUGGGUUGCAUUUUAUGCAUCACAAACUAUUUCAACUUUCACUUUGACGAUUUCAAUCCUGACGCUUCCAUGCAACAUCCGAGGUCGUGUCUUCCAGCGACGACAUGAAACUCUCCAUGGUGCAUUAUCCUGUGCAAAAGUAUCGUACUCGUAGUAAUCGCAGUGAUGCAAUACAAAUUUUCAUCUCAAGGUAAAACAGCAUUUACAAAUUUCAUUUGUCAUGCUGAGGUAAUUUGUAAUGCGAUUACUACUAGUACGAUACUUUUGCAAUGCAUAUGCAUCCCGCAAAGGCGAAAGCCAAAAAAGUAACGGCUACUGCGAAAAUCACGAAAGCAGCACUGGAAAAAGCCGACGCCGGCGCAACGUCUUCUUCCGAUGACCAUACCACUUUGACGAUGGGACCGGCGAAAGCCAAGGCGAGGCUGGGCGCGUAUGGGACUCUCAAACGUUAUAUUCUCAACUGUUACAUGAAUUUGUCAUGCAAAAUUGGCACCAGCGUCUACAUGAUCAAUCUGCUUCGCAUUACAAGUUCUCGGCGCGCUAGAUAGCAUUGCAAUCUGUUCCAAACAUGUAAUGCAAAAUGCGCAACCUUCUCCCUUUCACUUUUGCCAUCCUUGCAUUACCAAUUCACGUAAAAGCUGAGAGUGUAACGUGUGAGAACGCCAUAGCGAGCCCAAACAAACGCCGGAGUUUCUGCAUGGUGCGACCGAGAGUGAGGCAGAGGGGGAGCAAAGAACGCCUGUGGACGCGGAGGUUUUGAUCUCCCGGUCCAGCAUUUACAAAUCGAUCGAAAUUGACGAUAUUGGGCCGAUUGAGGUAUCUUCUACUCCGGCCGCGAGGGAGGAGGACAACGUAUUGCGAAAAAUCCAGGAACACGAGGAAAAGAAAAAGCAGAAGGUGCACGAUCAGCAGCUCACAAAAACGAUCGCCCCUCGGAUCCGACCCGAAGGCGAACGCGGACCGCCGCCCGCGAAGGUGCAGCCUCAAGGGACUGUAGUUUCUGCUGCGGUUGAAAAAGAAGACCUGCUUCUCACAACUCCCUCGCCAGCCUCGGAGAAGAAACAGCGCACUCGGCCAGGGAAAACAAAGAAAAGUGAAACACAAUCACCAAAAAAAGUACCGUUUUUCGUGAAAACCCCGGAAACGAAUUUUUUUCGGCCGAACCGAGCAAAUAAACAGGAGUCACUGCAUCAGAAAUCCGCCGCUGAGCUCGAGAAGCAGAAGUACCAGUUUCAGUGUACCUUGGUGCAGAAGUACGGCAGUAUCUGCCAGGCGUUUGAGGCAUUGGAUAUCCAGAAGCGGGGGAAGAUCACCGUGCAGGAGUUUAUGGUGGCGACCGUGAAAGUUUGCACCUACAACGGGGUUGGCCUCUGCAAGGACGGCGAGGAGGCAAAGGAACUUUUCCACGCGCUGAAGUAUGCAUUGCAAAAGUAUGGCGCUUGUAGUAAGCCUAAGCGUAGGCAUGACCGACACAUGAGGAUGAGUAUGACAAGUCUCCUUCUCAAUGUAAAUCAGCAUGACGAAUUGCAUCUUUAUACGUGACUACAGAAUUAUUUGCAUUGCACAUAAUGGUGCAAAAAUCACUACAACUAGUGCGAUACUUUUGCAUGGGAUAUCAAGACAAACGGGGUUUUUCUGAUGCGGGAACAUCUCGGCAUUGACCAAAGCGAGUGGGACGCAUAUCGGGCGAAAAAACAGAGAAUGAGGUAUGUUAAUGUUUUUCUUUUUUAGCCCGAAGUUUAAGUCGAAGUGGCAUGAUUUCUAUGUAGAAUAAGCUGAGGCACAUGCACAGGUAGCAUCACCUUUUCACCUCCUCGGUACGAAAAUGAUGUUUAUCAAUAUCACUCGACAAAAGCUCAGAAUGUCGAAUCCUUUCUUCGAGGUAUGUCGAGUACCGGCGACACAUGCGACUGGCGAAACGACAGGCGUUACUCGAUCGGGUCAGGCAAGACUUUGUGAUGAAGAACAAGGACAACAUUUUGUACGAGAUCCAAGAUAAGGAUAGUAACGCGCCCGGUUCUAGAAGAAGUCAAGGAGAAAAUUAUCGAGACGUCGGAAGUGAAGCGCCAACAUCUUCUCUCCUUCCCGCAGCGGCCUUCAAGAUUCGUUACCGCGACGCCUUCAACACGAGCAAAACGCAAGUGAUCCGGAAGCUGGUGCAGAAAAACCAGAAACUGCAAGAGGAGCUGAAUUUGAAAAACACACUGCUGGACGAAUUGCAAUUACGCUGCGAGGAGCUCGGAAGCCAAAUUCAGUUUCCUGUCAUGUUGAACACGGCAACGAGUAGUGGUGGGCCAGAUGUUGAAAUAGCUGCUUCGACAACAAAUGAAGCCGGAGUUCCUGCAGAAAGUAACCAAGCUGCGACAACGCCAACCUCGCCUACGUCUGGUCGUCAUCCGCAAAAGAACAGCCAAGCAGACGGCGACGACAGUCCCGCUCCACGGGAAACCGCCGCGGAGCGAGCCGCGUCGAAAACGUCGAACAUAAGUCUCAACGAACUGUUACUCCGGCGCGCCGCGGGGCAAACGGUCGGGUUUGCGGGGGUGGAACUACUACAACCUGGAGGAGCUGCAGUGCCCGAGAGGGCAUCGGGUAGAACGAGGUCGUCUGUUUCGGCAAAUUUGGAGGAUUUGGUGGCGACUUGCGAGAGGAAUAACGAAAUGCUGGCAAAGCACCGGGCGUAUUUGCUGCAGUUACAUGAGCAACUGGUGGAGGAGUUUUAGAUAGAAGAGCAUAGUAGGCAGAAGCUUCCUGAAAAAAACUAGAACAUCGUUUAUUUGGAAACCUGCAAGGUGGCGCCGGCAAAUCAUAUACGCUAACUUUGUCGCAACUAAUCUUACUUACUUAACUUUUACCUUUGCACACACUCAAUUCCUGCUCAGCUUGUCGCUGAAGCAAAUUUUUGAGAAAGUUCCAUGUUUUUUUUUUGUAAUUCGAUAGUUGACUCAGUCACAUGCAUAGGUAAAAUUGUUUCUUUCUUGUCAUCGAAAACCAUUUAUGAUGUGUGUAUCCUUGUCAUUGUCGCCACUCAAGCACGAGUGCAGAUGACGUCGCCUCCACCGUGCCAGAUGAACGAGAAAUUGUUUCAUAACUUUGGAAAAGAGAAAAAACUACUGAUGUGCAAGUGUAUCUCUGGUUUGGUUUGACUUCGUUGAUAUGAAUCCACAGAUAUCAUAUGAGAUUUUUGCUGGGCCUCAGCGUUUGGAAGAAAGCGAUCUAAAGUCAAAUUCUGGUAUAGGUCGAUUGAUGUUCUUUACAACUCGUGCACGCCUGGAAGAAGAAAAGAGCUUUUUUUUUCUGCAUCAUAAUUUUAAAGACCACAGUUAUCUUUUAUUCGUUUCCUUUUUGUUUUUGUGACCUGUGGGACAUCCUGGUCGUGGUCCAGACGACUCCUGGUAUGAUCCACAGAGCUGUAACUUGAACCCCUUCGCCGUGCGCGAGUCUUUCUUACGCUUCGCGACUUUUUGCGCACCUUGGCGCCAGAGAUGUGUCUCAAAGUUGAAACGCCUUGAAUUCAUCUGCAUGGUAGGAAAAAUGCUACACCG